UCAUUUUCUACCUACAGACCCUCUCUUUAAAACCCAUUCUUCACCACUCCACACCACCAUUUCAAACCAAGCUCAUGGCUAAACCAGCUUUCUUCUCCUCCUCUUCCUCCUCUCUCCUGCUCUUCCUCAUCUUCUACUUCAUUUCAGGGCUAAACUUCACCAUGGCUACACAGAAAACAUGGUGUGUGGCUAAACCAUCAUCACAAGAUAAACCUCUUUUAGACAAUAUAGCCUACGUGUGCGAUCAGGUUGAUUGCGGGAUUCUGAACAAGGGUGGUCCUUGCUACUUACCUAAUAAUUACAUCAACCAUGCCUCAGUUGCCAUGAACCUCUACUAUCAAGCAAAAGGAAGGAACCCUUGGAAUUGUGAUUUCACGAAGUCUGGUCUCAUAACAAUUACUGAUCCAAGUUAUGGUAACUGUAUAUAUGAGUGAUGACUUUUGUUGAAGAAUCAAGCUGCAAUAAUUGCCUAUCAGGGAGGGAUAUAUAUAUAUAUAUAUAUAUGUAUAUGUACAAAUAAUAUGAUUCUGCCAUGAAUUUAGAUUGUAAUUAAUUAAUUAAAUUCCCCAAAAUAAUGCAAAUUCUGAAGAAGAAGUGUGUUUGUGUA